GAGCCGUUGAAAAUGGUGAACCACGCCCGGAAGAUUUUUAGUCUGUUUAAACCAGCAGCUGAGUGGUUUAACGACCAUGUGCGAGGUUCAGGGCUUAGCAGGCUCUGCAUGACGGGGUACACCACACUCACCACCGGCAUGCAAGGAGGAAUUUAUGGAGCGCUGGCACAAGGAGACGUCCUCUUUCCACUUGCCGGUUGGGGAGAUGACGAUCGCCUUGCAUGACGUGCAGUGUCUUCUCCACCUGCCGAUUAGGGGGCCGCUGUUGCACCACUCCCGGAUCCGGAGGGUCGAGGCCAUUGAGUGGAUGACGCUCUAUUUGGGCAUGGAGCACGAGGUUGCUCACUUUGAGUGCGUCACGACAUCUGGGCCUCAUAUCCGGUUCACCACACUGAGCGCUUAUUUCGAGCACCACUUGGACGCGGCAGCCGAGGCUGAGGAGGCGGGUGACGAGCUAUUCACACAUUAUCACCGCGGCUGCGCUCUCCGGUGCUGGUACAUGCAUGUGGUAGGCGCUGCAUGCUUUGUGGACAAGAGUGCAAGGUACGUCGACGUGACCUACCUCCGCUACUUCAUGGACCUGGAUACCGUUCACCAGUGGAACUGGGGGGCAGCUACUCUGGCAUACCUCUACCAGAAGCUGAAUGAGGCCUCCAACUGGAGGACGAGGCAGUUGGUCGAAUCCUGCACACUACUUACGAGCUGGAUCAUCUCCUACUUCUCCCGCAUCUACGGCUUCCGCUACGAUCCUGUGUACGUGGACGCCAUGCCCAGGGCCACCAGAUACGUUCUCCAGAGGGGGAACGAUGCGGUGGGACCAUACCGUUUGUACUUGGACCGCACGAUGCACGACGACGUCACCUGGAGGCCGUUCAUCGACUACGCUCAGAUUGUCCCCUUUGACGGCAUUACUCUAUAUUCAGGCUGGUUGGCAUGCGGGACCGGCAUCAUGGUCCGGUAUCUCCCUGAGCGGUGCAUGCGUCAGUUCGGACUCGUGCAGCAGAUACCAAGGUCACCUUUUGAGGCUGCUCCCGACACAGUGACCCGAGUGCAACUCACUGCCAUAUGGGAGGACUGGCAGCAUCAUGUGGUACCGCAGGAGUACAGUCUCACUCGGGUCACACAGGAUUGGCACAGUGAGGAGGGAUACGUCACAUGGUUCUAUCGGGUGUCACAUCCUCUGCUGAGACCCAACGUUCCCGGCGCUCCUAGGCUAGCACACGAGGAGAUCCUGGAGAACCAACAGGCCGAGGAUGACCACGCCAUUGAUCUCAUGCCGAUCUGCCAGCGGAUAGAGAUGCUUGGGCGGGACGCGUUGGAUCGAGGUAUCGUUGAUCAGGGCAGUCCAGAGGCAGUCGCCGUGAUGGAGAUGAUCGUCACUAAUGCGGACCGUGCGGCGACAUAUAGGCGGCAGAGGAGGUCCCAGGGAGAGAGGGUUAGGCACACACAGUAGUGGUCGGGUUUAUUUAUUUUUUGUUUUCGGAUUUUAUCUUUCGCACAGUAUUAUUAUUAUUAUU